CGCGCUUUCAUCCGUGUUAGUAGCUCAUCUCUCAACGAUCACUUCGGGCCGCAGUUGUUGCCGAAGACUUCAAUAAACAGGUCGCAGCGGUCUUGUUAACUCGCAUGGUUAGAAUCGUAGUAACGAACGCGUGUGAAUUAAUCGGUUGAUUAAAGCGAAAGCAUCGCAACCAGAUCUCGUGUGAAAUGGUUCGUAAAUCAGGGCGAGUUGUGCCCUUCCUACUAUUAGGGUUGGCAUCGUUGGGAUCUGCCUUGAACGAGAAUGAUCAGUGCACCAAUCCAGCUGGACAGUCCGGCCGAUGCAUCUAUUUCCGAGAAUGCGAUCCCUUGCUCAAAAUCUACAGCAAACCCAUCAUCUCGCUUCGGAUGAAAGUCAAUCUUGCAGAAAAUAGCCGUUGUGGCAUGACGGCCGACAGAAAACCGCUGGUUUGUUGCGCCGUUUCAAUUGAUGCAGGACCACGGAGUCAGUAUUCUCUACCGAAGCCGCCCAACUGUGGAGUAGAUUUCCAAGAUCGAAUCGUUGGAGGCCAGAGAACCGGGCUGGACGAGUUCCCGUGGACCGGUUUGAUCGAAUAUCGCAAACCGAACGGACGCACUGGUUUCCACUGUGGAGCAUCGCUGAUUAACUCGCGCUACGUAUUAACAGCGGGACAUUGUAUCAAGGCCAUUCCAAAUGGUUGGGAAGUAAUCGGUGUCCGAUUGGGAGAAUGGGAUCUGGACAACGCGAUCGAUUGCCAGGAGGACAACAACUGCGCGGACGCACCGGUCAACCUGGGUGUCGAGAAGAUCAUUGUCCAUGAAGAUUACAAUCCGUCGAAUAAGGCACAGUACAACGAUAUUGCUUUGAUUCGCUUCAACCGGGAUGUUCGAUUUUCCGCGUUCAUAUCUCCGGUUUGCUUGCCAAUUGAGAAUGCGCAGCGUACGAAGAACAACGUUGGCACAAGGGGUGUAGCCACUGGUUGGGGCCGAACGGAAACCGCCAGUGCAAGCAACGUCAAACUAAAGGUUGAACUGGAGAUUCAGGACCUUCAGAGCUGUGCCAACACAUACAGACCAUCGGGAGUGACUUUGAGAGAUACGCAACUUUGCGCCGGUGGAGUACGUGGACAAGAUACUUGCAGUGGUGAUUCCGGUGGUCCGUUGACAAAGUUGGAUCGGGCCAAUAAUUAUCUUUAUGGAAUUGUCAGUUUUGGACCGAACAAAUGCGGAACCAAGGGAGUGCCUGGUGUGUACACAAGCGUGGCCAAAUAUGUCGAUUGGAUCGAGGCGAAUAUAUAAUAGAAUAUGUGGAAAAUCAGAUAUACGAGCAGAUGAAAUUAAAGGCCUAGUAAUGUUUCGGACUAUUUUCGUUA